AUCGAAGGGAAUGCUCGCCCAUUGUCUCCGUCCAUCAUCGUUGACUAUUUUCACUCGCGGGCUACGUAGGACUUCCAAGAUGCCCAUCAUCAGAUACAUCACUAACGACGAACUUGCAGCAGUGAUCAAGAGCGACAAAGUGCCUCACAAAGACUACCUCAUCGUCGACGUCCGUGACGACGACUUUGAGGGCGGGAACAUCAAGAAUGCAAUUAAUUAUCCCUCAAGAAAAUUCUGGGACGACGUCGAUGAGCUCGUGAAGAAAACGAAGGAGGUGCCGUUGGUAGUGUUCCAUUGUGCGUUAUCGCAGGUUCGAGGUCCUAAGGCUGCUCGAAUAUAUGCUGAGACGCGGCAGAAUGUCCUUGAAGAGAGUCCAUUAAAAGCCGACGUUGCGAUUUUGAAGGAUGGGUUCACACAAUUCCAAGUCAAGUUCAAGGAUGACGCUGAGCUCGUAGAGAAGUGGGACAAGGAAGUCUGGGCACCUGAGUGGAGUUGAAGAUACAGUUACUAUUAUGUAGAUUCUUCGUGCUUCACAGUACGCUUUGGGGUGCUCUCGAUCAUUUGAAUGACCUUUUCACGCUCCUUUGCCAUGCGGCG